UACAGAGUCCUGAGGUUUGCUCUCCGCCUGCAGAGUCACUCCAGCCUCCUGCUGUCGCCGACCCCACGGAUUUAUAACUUUUUGACUCUUUUUGUUGAGUCCAUCAAGCUCUUGUUGUUCUUCAGACAUCCAUCCACUGAGGAAUUUCUAAAACCCCUUCAGGGUCAUUUUCUUUCUGCAAGGGUUUUCCUCCCGUUGGACCGGACCAAUGGGGAACCACGGCUCGAACCUGGACGACAUCCUGGCGGAGGACAUGCACCACUGGUACAACAAGUUCAUGCGGGAGUCUCCAUCGGGCCUCAUCACGCUGUUCGAGCUUAAGGCCAUCCUGGCCCUGAAGGGCAUGUCGGAGAAGGCCCACAGCUACGUGGACCAGGUCUUCUUCACCUUCGACAUGGACGGGGACGGCUACAUCGACUUUGUGGAAUACAUCGCAGCCAUCAGUCUGAUGCUGAAGGGAGAAAUCAACCAGAAGCUCAAGUGGUACUUCAAACUGUUCGACCAGGACGGGAACGGAAAGAUCGACAAAGAGGAGCUGGAGACCAUCUUCUCGGAAGUAGAAACACGGCCCUGUUUUGUGUGUCGCCCCCUGCAGGCCAUCCAGGACAUCACGCGGAACAGAGACACCAACCCCGAGGACAUCGUGUCGCUCAUAUUCGAGAGGAUCGAUGUGAAGGGAGAAGGUGAGCUGACCCUGGAGGAGUUCAUCGAGGGAGCCAAAGACCACGAGGACAUCAUGGACAUCCUGAAGAACCUGAUGGACCUGACGCCGGUGUUAGUCAUCAUCGUGGAGGGCCGGUCAGGCUGAGGGUGGCGGCGAAGCAUCGGGACGACAAAGACUGAAAGAUGCAGCAAAAACAGUUAAAAAAACUAAGCCCUCACUCCCCUUUCAAAAUAAGAGAAAAGACUUAUCCCAGUCUCGGAGCGAGUCGCACGCAGGAAAUGUAAAACUUUGUGAUGGACUGUGAUUGGCCGUCCAGCCUCUGAGCGUCCGGCUGCUCGUCUCCAAGUACCAGGUGGACAAACAAACUUAUUUUGGACAAAGAUAUCUUUGAAGACUUUUCAAGCAGCAUCCAGCUUCACAAACCCGUCUGUCACCUCCGACACAAAGAUCGUGUUGUUUGUCCAGAAAUGUUCAAAACCCACAGAACUUUAUUUUGAAAUACAACAAUGAUUCUGUUUCCAAAGACCUUUUUGGGACCAACAGAAUCGAAACAGUUAGUACCAGACUCCAUUCAAGGUUUUGCCAAUUUAAGACAUUUAUUUAGACAAGCUGCUUGUGUUUAAAUAUUGUUGAAACAAAUGUUUGGAGGUAAAACUCAUUUAUAUUAGUAUAUUAGUAUAUAAGUAACUUCUCUGUAGUAAUAUUGAAACAUGUACACAGCCUUUCAGACUGAAUUUAAAUUAGUCUAAAAUGAAGAUAAAAUGAGUUUUGAUGGAAUAAUGUGGCCAUAAAGAAAACAUGGAGCCUCGGGUUUGAAUAUUUCGAUCUAAAAAGUAAAUUCUUGUUUUACUGAAAAGGUUUUUAAUCUUUCAAAGUUAACGUCUACUUUUAGCACAAUCAGUUUUACAUGAAGCUGCAACUUCUCACUUUCAUCAGUGAAUCAAUUAACAAAUCAAUCAUUUAGAGAAGAACAUGUCAGGAAACAUCAGGACACAGUGAAUCUAAUUUGUUGAUUAUUUUUCUGUUCUAAUUAAUCAAUUAAUCUCCAUGUUGCACAUAGACGGGUCUGAACAUACGCUUCUGUAUUCCACAUGUGAAUGUCUUUAUGGACUCUGUGAAAGCCUCGUUGAAGGCUGUAGGCUGGUUGCAGUGCAUGCUGGGAGAGUGUCGUGCUCUGGAGCUGCUGAUCCUCUAAAUGCAGUUAAAGGUUCAGCAGCCUGAGACGUAAUGGAGCAGACUUACAUGCAUGUUGACCGCAGAAACUUAUUUCUUAAGGACAAGCAACCGGCAGGCUGCACGAGGAAGUGUGAACUUCAGGGUUGAAAAACUUCCUCAAAUUGUACUUUUCAGAACUUUAAUGAUGAAGAUGAUUUUAGUACCGAUUUUGUGUACAAGAAUGUUUUCUCCGAUUGA